AACAAACCUUUUGACAUUUCCGACGUAUGGAUUAACGUCUCAAUAAUUCCUCAAUACAUGCAACGCGAGUUAUGAAACUUUUGAAAUAAUUUUUAUGAGCUUGAUUUAAAAUGAAUCCAGAAGUCAUAGAUCUCAUAACGCCUAUGGAUACUGACAGCGAAGAAAUUCACGAGGAAUCAAAGGGUGUCAGGGAUGCAGGUUUCGAUAAAAUCAUCGGGUAUAUAGAGGAUCUCUUGAUGGAAAGCGAGUUCCAAGAGAUACAGCAAAAAUUUUUGGAUAACUACUGGCACGUAUUUGGACCUGAAGAAGAGAAUAAACUGAUUUAUAUGGAAAUAUUUAAUCAGUAUAACCAGGAAAUAGAAAACUACAUCGUACAACAGCUCAAGAAGUCUGUUCCUAAUUUUUCAAUCCAUGUUCUCUUGGACCAGCUUAACGAAAGACGUCCUGAACUGGAUGGAGAAGUUUUUGAAGUUUUAGCAACGUUAACAGACUUUCUAGCAUUCAAAGAAAUGGUUUUAGAUUACAAAGCUGUAAAAGAAGGAAAGGUGGAAGACUUUAGCGCCGGAAUUUCGAUUACAUCUAUCAAAUCAACGAGCUCAGAUCGAGAUGCGCCAACUGGAUAAUAAAUCGCGAGCUCCAUCCAAAUGCUACAUCCAUGAAUUUUCAAAUUUAUCCAUAUUAUUACUAAUUACCUAGUAUUUGUUAGAUUUUAAGAUAGAAAAUAAAUGUGAAUAAAGUCGGCACUUAAUGGUAGUUUGUUUUAUUACUGUGAAAAACAAGUAGCUGUGGUUUAUUUUAAAUAUUAAAAACCCACUUAAAACUGCAGUCUUUAUUGAUUCAAAAAGAAACGCAAAU